AUGCCCGGGUCAGCUCAGCUCAUGCCACGAGCAGAGGAGAGCCCGGGGUCGGGGCACCCUGCACUGCUGCCCUGUGUCCUGGGCCCUUGCCUGGCAGCAGGGCCCCUCGCUGCACGUCGUCUCAUCGCUGCUCUUCACUGCGUGGCCACGGUCGGGCAUCUUCUCGGCCGUAAAAACAGGCUGGGCAGCGAGGACAGCCAGCUGGAGGCGAGCCUGGCGCACGGGGGCUGCGAGGUGCACCGCUUCGACCCCAGCAUCAAGGCAGCGCACGUGCAGGAGGGCCCGCGCCUCUGGCAUCACCGCCUCUCCGUCGACUGGAGGGAUCCCAACCCGGCCAUUGCUGCCCAUAAGCUUCACAGCAACACCAAGAAGCUGGGCACGAUAAUGAGUGAAUUUGGGCAUCAGAAGAUUGACGUCCUCAAGGCAGAUGUGGAGAGCGCCGAGUGGAAGAUUUUGGAAAACCUCAUUCUGGAAGACGUCGUUGGGCAGAUAGGCCAGCUGGUGGUCGAGGUGCACGUGCACUGGCCCGGCUUCGAGGUGAGCGGCAACGACAGYGCCGUGGUGCGCUACUGGUACAGCCUGCUCCGGGAGCUGGAGCUGAAGGACUUCAGGCUGUUCCACACCUACAAAGACCUAGCAAAACCACAGAUGUUCCUGAAGAAGGAGGCCUUCAAUGCCAGCAGCAGCUACACACUGAGCUGGGUAAAUACCGCUUGGAAGUAGCAGAAAGGAUUUGGUAUGGAUUUUAUAGGAUAUGGCGUGUGGCUGUGCGCCGUCGGGCCCCGCAGCGUUACUGAAGAGCGCUUGGGAUUCACUGGCUAACGUUGCUAAAGACGCAGAGAUUGGGAGCAAAACGGACUGGCUUUUAUUCUCAAGCGUUCUCAAAGGAGCAGGCGUUGGGAAAGGACACACGCUGCAAAUGGCUUUGCCAAGCAAYGCGUGCGCUGGAGGUUGGGCAAAGGUCUGCGUGGGGCUGCCCUGUGCCCGCGCGUUCCCUCGCGUCGCCCCGAGCAGAGAUCCCCUCGCUCUGCCCCAGAGCUCUGCCCUGCCACCCACACCUGCCCCCGGGCAGCAUGUGCGGGCAUCUGGCUUUAGAAAUGCUCAGGAAUAAGCUCCUUUUUCGGGAAUGGUCAAGAGAUGCCUUUCCGUAAAGUGAUCACGCUUUGGUUGCACUAUCUUUCCGUAGACUCCGCUUCCUUACAAGGGAAGAACCAAUUUCCUUGCUUCCU